AUGAUUGCAUUCCUUCUCCCUUUGUUGACAGGCGUCUCUGCUGCAGCUGCAGCGGCAGUUACAACGGCAUGCUCAAAUAUAACCAGUCAAUUGGGCUCGUCGAAAGUCACCAGCAAUGAGUACAGCUUGGAUUACGUGGGCAGCAUCGAAUAUUGGAACACUAUACAAGAUGAUUAUAAGCCCUCGUGCAUCGUCUAUCCCAAGAAUUCCCAGGAUGUCUCAACCGCCCUCCAGGCAAUUCGAGCCGCCGGCAGCCGCUUUGCAAUCAAGGCUGGCGGUCACAAUCCGAACACAUUCUAUUCAUCUGUCGACAAGGGUGUCCUUCUCGAUUUGAGCAGGAUGACGGAAAGAUCUUACGACCCAGACACAACUCUCGCUACUUAUCAACCAGGCGGAGUAUUUGGCGAUAUCUACGACUAUUAUGUGCAAUAUAAUCGUACAGUGGUUGGAGCACGACUCGCCGGGGUGGGAACCGGUCUUGCUCUGGGUGGUGGCAUGAGCUACCUAUCGCCCCAAUAUGGCAUGGCCUGCGAUUCAUUCCGAGAGCUGGAAAUUGUCCUUCCUAGCGGUGAAAUUGUCACUGCCUCGGAUAAGUCGAACCCAGAUCUCUUCUUCGCGUCGCGAGGUGGCGGUGGCAACGCGUACGGAGUUGUCACCAAGUAUACAGUCCAGAGCCGUCCGAUCGGUCAACUCUACGCUGGAAAUAUCAUCUUCCUCUUUUCCCAGAAGGACGAUGUCAUCGCCGCGAUUGGCGACUUCAUAAAAUACAACACUGACCCUAAGGCGGCUAUCAUCGGCACUUAUGAGAAGCUGCCUACACCGGAUCUGAACCUGAAUAUCGACGAGGCUAUCAUUAUGUUUCUCGUCUAUGAUGGUGAAGACCCAGGCGACGCAUUCAAAAACUUCACCAGCAUCCCUUCCCUUCUCAACACAAUGAGCCUUAAAACAUACCCCGAAGUUGUGGAUAUGCCUAUUCCAAUGUCGACAGAGCUUUCCCGUGGCGCCAACAUGUUCCGCGUGGGCGUUCAUCGUGCAGACAACGGAAGUUAUGAAAAUGCCCUGGAUGUGUGGCGUAACUGGGCCGAAUCCAACAAGGGCAAAUACGUCCUCCUUUCGCUGGACUUCCAGCCCGUUCCGAAGAGUCUGACAGAUGCCAGCAAGGCCCAGGGAGGAAAUGCAAUGCAGAUGCCGGAUGGUCCGUGGUUUUGGUUAAAUUAUUUGAUCACUACGCCACCCGGAAUGAGUGAGCCAGAUUACAAUGCUGUUCAGGCUAGCUACCGUGAUAUGGUUGCGUCGGUCAGCAAUGCAGAUGAUCUCCCUCUCUUCAUUAAUGAUGCGAACCACGACCAAAAUCCUCUACAGACAUUCUCGGCCUUUUCGAAACUUCAGGAUAUCAAAAAGAAGUAUGACCCGGAUAACUUCUUUGCUGACAAGACUGGCGGCUGGUCCUUUGCUUAG